AAUGACUCUCUGUACAUUGGUUGUCAUCAAUUCCCCACUCUUUCCUUGAAAUCCACCACACCCUCUCCCUCUUAGUAUAAAACCUUCAUGCCCCUUUUCUUCCUCAUCAUCAACACUGCUUAUCCAAAUCCAGAUUGUGUUUAAGAAAGAGAUUCUUGAUUCAUCAUGGCUGGAGGGAGAAAGGGGAAUGAUCAGUUUGAAGACAUGCUGCCAUUGAUGGCUGAGAGGUUGGGAGGUGAGGAGCUGAUUGGGGAGCUCUGCAAAGGGUUUGGUCUGCUGAUGGAUAGGGAAAAAGGGGUGAUCACAUUUGACAGUUUGAAGAAGAACUCAGCUCUCUUGGGGCUGCAGGAUCUCGGGGACGACGAGCUCGAGGGCAUGUUGAGGGAGGGCGAUCUUGACCGGGAUGGCGCCCUCGACCAGAUGGAGUUUUGUGUGCUCAUGUUCAGGUUGAGCCCUCAGCUCAUGGACCAGUCUGUGGCCUUGCUUGAGUAUGCUUUAGAGCAGGAGUUUGGAUGGAAUUGAAUUUUUUUUUCUUUUUUUUUUCAUUUGUUUGAGUUAGGGGGGGCUCGAGCCCGGAUCGUGUGUUACAAAUCGUGUUUCAUCUUCUAUUUCGUUGUUAUUGUUGAUGCGGAGACUACGAGAUGUAGCGUGAUUUGUAAUAAUGGAUGGUCCAUGAAUAAUUUGUGUAUAUAGAUCAAGCAAGAGUGUCAUUAGGCCUCUCAAAGUCGUGUGAAUUGAUAUUUUGUAAUGACAUGAUGGAAAUAAGAGAUUGAAACAAA